CUGCCUCUGCCUAGAGACGCUGCUUCUCCGCCUCUGUUUUUGAUCUUGUUUUCAGAACACUAGGCUAAGCUCAAACCCGAAAGCUCAGAUACACUGAAUCAGUGAAUCAGUAUCCCCCAAACACUCAAGUUCAGCUCUCACUCUGAAUCAGUGGAAUUAGUAUCGGGACCACAACUACCAAAGUUGAUUCUGUCCGGGUUGAUUCUGCUCAUGUUUUGUUGUUGGUCUUGCAUAGGUAGGAACAGAAAACCCAUCUGUUCAAUGUCAAAGAAAGAGGAAUAGGAGGUUGUUUUCGAUCUCCUUGAAGAUGUUGUAGUCAAGAUUCUGUGCCGGUUGCCCGUCAAAUCUCUUCUCCGGUUGACUUGUGUCUCAAAACGGCGGCAUUCUAUCAUCUCUGACUCUAAGUUUGCUAGAUCCACUUUUGAAGUUGUAUCUCAGACUAGAACCCUCCGUCCACGACUCCUCUUUUCCACCUACCCUUAUCACCGAUCUUGGGAUCCCAGAUUUGAAUAUGAACGCUCUAUAUUUGAGUGUUUUGGAGACACGGAUAUAUCUUGUUUAGAAAGAAAUCCAUUGUGCCAAAGUCUCACCCCUCCACCGGGGGUCUGCAUCGAAAGGGUAUUAGCCUCUUGCAAUGGUUUGGUGGUUCUAGGCAAAACUUUGUCUGACUCUUACACAAAUUUAUCUGUGUGGAACCCAUCAACUGGAUUCUUCCGCAAAAUACCUAGUCCAGAGUUUAGGUUGAAAUUUGGAGCAAGUACUUACUAUGUAACUAUUGCUUUUGGUCAUGUUAUGGCCACUGAUGCCUACAAACUUGUUUCUUUGUACCCAUGGAGUUUACAGUUCACAUAUUUUCAACCAGGGAUAGCUCAUGGAAAGAUAUCAGAUUUCCUCACUCCUCGUUCCCUUGUGGCGAUGAUGGCAAGGUUCUGUUAGUUUCAAAUGGAGCAAUUCAUUGGGUCUGUACUGGGAUUCCAGAAGCUAUAUCUGCUUUUGAUUUGGUAAGCGAAGAGUUCCGUCAAUUGCCAUUGCCUCGUGGCCUGAAUGGAAGAAGGAUAUGGACUCAGGUUCUUGUAGGAGGACACCUUUGUGUACGGUCACACGAUGAGUUUUGGGUGAUGAAAGAGUAUAGGGUCCCUGAAUCUUGGGUUAAAAUGUUUCAGUUUAGUGUGGUUGAUUUACCAAAUGUGUUUGGUUUAGUGGAUGGUUGGGUUCCUGCUUUUGUUACAGAAGGCAGUACAGUUGUGAUGCUCCAUGGCAAGGAGUUGGCCAGGAUUAAAUGUCAUAGAGAAGGGAAGCCUGUAUAUAUGUACUGGCCGGUAUAAGAUUAAGUGUGUGCAAAAGGAUUCCUGUCUAUCUUCUGUGACGG